GUUUUCCAUUCACAGGUGUUGAAAGGUUCUAAGAAACUCUCCAUGUCAGUCUGUUCUAUGGGACGGAUCCCAGGUGGUUAUGUGACCAAUCACGUAUACACAUGGGUGGACCCUCAGGGCCGCAGUGUGUCCCCGCCCCCAGACCUGGUGGACCAGCAUGGCUCAGGAGGAAGACACUCGGACAUCCAGCAACUUGGACACACACACAUACGGCACGAGGAUGCUGAGAAAAAGGUGAACAUCUCACUGGAUGACGGGCGAUCAUUGGGUCUGAUGAUCCGUGGGGGUGCUGAGUAUGCUCUGGGCAUCUAUAUCACCGGAGUGGACCAAGGCUCUGCUGCAGAGUACAGUGGACUAAAGGUAGGGGAUCAGAUUCUGGAGGUCAAUGGACGUAGUUUCCGGAGCAUUUGUCAUGAUGAGGCCGUGCAAAUCUUGAAGAAUUCCCACCACAUGUUGAUGACCAUAAAAGACGUGGGGCGGCUACCUCAUGCACGCACUGUGGUGGAUGAGACCAAAUGGAUUCCUAGUGCACAGAUCGCUGAGAGCUCGGCCAAUAGCAACACCCAGAGUGUUCUAUCUGUUGAUGUCGGAGCAGGAAGUUCAGGAAAGUCAGUGUGUUGUAAAGGUGUUGUGCCAGCAGUCGGAGUGGUACGCACAGGAGCGUGGAACUCGCUGGAAGAACAGGCGUUCAUGCUUCUAACAGAGACAGAGAGACAGACCAUGAGCUACUACAUUCAAGAGUACCAGCGCGCACACAUCGGGGUAGAGCCACUGGCCAUGGCCUUGUUUGAACUGUUCAACACACAUGCCAAGCUGUCUUUGCUGGCUGAGGUGCGGACACUGAUUGCUCCGCAUGACCUGGAGGGAUUCGAUGGGCAGGUGUUACAUCGUGAGAUGGAGGCGUGGAGAGCUCGGCAUGGAGGCUCGGGCCUUCUGCACCCUGAUUCUAUCUGCGUCACCCAUCCAGAGGGCCACAUUCCUUCUGCUUGCCAGCUGACCCCUGCAGUCUCCUGCUACAAGAGUGAGUGCAGGUUGGAUGGGAGUUUGAUGCCACUUGAGAGUCUAAAUUCUCUUCCUGACGUUGCUCUGGAUAAAGUGCAGCUGUCAUCCGAGUCACCCCCCUCGUUCAAGCCUCCCCCUCCACCUAUUCGACAUGCCAGCCCAAAAACUCAAACCAAACGACCUUCAUCUAAGAUGUCCCAGACGAACCUGCUCUUUACUGCCCCCUGUAGGCGGCACCAGGAAAACCACACCCAACAUCAUUCGCACUCGCCCCGCUCUACUCACAACUCUCCGUGUACCAUCCACCACACCACUUCCACUUGCUCUGUCCAUCACACUCCUCCACCCUGCUCUCACCAUCACAGCUCUCCACGAUCACCAUCCUAUCAUGCUAGCCCUUCCUCCGGACCACCGUGUAGAGAUCUGGUUCAGUUUCUGAUGAGCAGGCAUGCAGCGGUGCUCUCCCCACACCCAGAGUCUCCUAAUCGUUCUCAAGAGGGCACUCCAAUGAUCUCUCCCCGCUCCUCUCCGUCCCUUUCGCCUUCACUGCUAAUGCCUGCACCGCCUCCCUGUAGCCCAGAGAAGCUAGAGGGCUCCCCAUCUACAAACAGCUGCGGUGCCAGCCAGAACAGCCCACUACACCCUGAGCCAGAGACGGCAGAGGAAAGGCCCCAGCCCCAGUUACGAGGAGCUACAUUGUCCCAGCUGUCAGACAGCGGACAGACUCUGAGCGAGGACAGUGGUGUGGAUAUUGCAGAGGCUGGAGGGUUGAGUAAGGACAGCAGCCCGCGACCAGGUAAACCUCCCUUCCUGCAGGUCAUAGGUGACACACGCAGAGCAGAAGGACUCGCACAGGCCUCCACAAAGCAGAUGGGAAUAAUGGAGCCUACACUGGUACGGGUGCCUAAGUGUGCCAGUACACUGGGUAUUGCUGUUGAAGGGGGUGCCAACACCAGACAGCCUCUGCCACGCAUUGCAACCAUACAGAAGGGGGGCUCUGUGCAUAUCAGUGGGCAGUUACGGGUGGGUCAGGUGAUUCUGGAGGUGAAUGGCGUGUCACUUAAAGGAAUGGAGCACCGGGAUGCGACUCAAGUCAUUGCGGAGGCUUUUAAGACCAAAGACAAAGACCAUGUCGACUUUUUGAUCGCCGAGUUCAACUCCGCUCUAUAGAAGUCCUCCCUCAAGAGUUUCACUUGACGGCACUGCAGAGAUAUGACACUUUACGUCACGUCCGCACAGAGGGGCCCAAUGAGUCAUGCUUGUCAUAUCUGAGUCACAAUUAGCUUAGAGAUCAAAAGCUUCAACACACCCACCUUACAUCUGUGUUCUUGCGACCAGCCAUCACACGUUUACUGUUUUAACAUAGUAUGUUCCAGUGGAAGAUCUGCUGAGCCAAGACUGAUGGUGAAAUGUUUGACAAAAUCAGGGUUAUGUCAAUUCUGUCAAAUCUGUGCCACCUUGUUAAUGAUCUGUGUUUAGUAAAGUUUAUAUACACACGCACACUACCUUUAAAGUUUGGGGUCGGUAAGAUUUGUUUUUAAUGUUUUCAAAAGAAGUCUCUUAUGCUUACCAAGGAUGCAAUUAUUAGAUCGAAAAUACUGUAAAAACCUUAAUAUU